AUGACAUGGGAGGAAACAUCUCAGGACAAAACAAACCCACCUGAUUUUGAACUUUCCAGAGAUGAGGAAGAUUACCUGGAGAAAGUCACAAUUACACGUGAGAACGAUGAUUCCAAGCGCAUUUCAAUUUUUUGCUCUGCAUGUCAACAAACAAUAUAUCCAUACCACCUUCUUUAUCAUAAAAAAACCCACAAAGCCCUAACUUUGCUGGGCUUUGCUAGCCCACAAAGAAAGACUGACAACAAAACACUUUUGGCUCAGAGACAGAAACUAAUUUCAGAAUUGACCAAGAUUCCUAAAUAUUCUGAGACACAUAGGCAGAAAAUUGAUUAUUCAUUUGAAUUCCUUAUGGAUAAUCACACUCCUACAUCAUAUUGUGAUCUUGCUAAUAUUAACAAUCCCAGCACUUUUAAGGAAGUAAAUAAUUCUUUAAUAAAAGCAUUAGCAAUUUGCCAAGAUAAAAAUUCCGCAUGGCAGGGAGACACGGAAGACAGAUUCAUUGUGCUCAACAACUAUGGAAAUAAGUCAGAUACGUGUUUUCUGGGGUUAGUUGAUGGCUCUCACGGCGUGGCAGCUGCAGAAACAGUUGCAGCAGAGCUUCCGCUUUUAUUUCUUGACCAGCUUGCUCAAAUGGAUUCCUCCUACAAAAAGAGUAAGGAUGAACAGCAAAUUCUAGAUUCUUUCGCCACAGUAAUCAAGGCAGAUUACAGGGAAAAAGAGAAGAUUUUCUCCGAGAAACCAGGCAAUGACGAGACCGACAAGACCAAUACUUAUGAAUGGAUUCACAAAGCGUAUGCCAAGUCCUUUUGGAGAAUGGAUAGACUCUUACGACUGGGAAGGAAUGAGGUUUCCAAAGUUCGCUGGAGUGGCUGUUCAGUGGUUACCUGUUUGGUGGAAAGAACCCCCAGCGAAGAGACAGAUGGCACCGAGGAAGAAGAAAGAAAACGUUCUGAAAACGCCACACACAGUCCAUCAGCAGGGACAGCCAAAGGCGUUGCUGGGUUACUGCACAUUGCUAAUAUAGGUAAUGCACAUGCAGUCUUAUGUAAAAAUGGAAAGAGUCACUGCCUCUCAAAAGAGCACAGCACUUCUAACGUAAGCGAGAGAGAACGCAUACUUCAGAAUGGUGGAAACAUCAGCAUUAAUGAACCAGACGGAUUAGUAGAGGGGUACCUGAGAACUACAAGGGGUCUUGGACAUCACGGAGAUCCAGUACUGAAAAGAUCUGUUAUACCUGUACCUCAUACUGUAUCUGUCCCUAUUGAUGAUACUUGUCAGUUUCUUAUUUUAGCUUCUAAUGGGCUUUGGGAGGUUUUGGAUUACAAUGAAGUACUUGCAUUAACUUUAACAACAUUCACUCGUUAUUUGAGAAUGUAUGAAAGUGUUCAACAAAACGGAACUUCUCCAUAUGUGUGUCAGUAUUUGAUGCCCCUCACUGAAGACAACUUAAAUGACUCAAAGGCUAUUAAAGGUCUGCAAAAUGGAAUAGAGACACUGUAUUCCAAUACGGACAUUUUUCUCACUGACUCAAAAGGCAACCUGAAACAAAAUAAGCCAAAAUGUUCUAGGAGGAACUAUUUGCAAAGUGAAGAUGGAGUUCCUAAGGAAACUGAUGACCACAAAAAUCAAGCUGAUCCAGAACUGUCUGUUUUCAGUAACAAUGAAGUAAAUUCACAGAACAGAGAAAUAAGAGAUUCUGACUCUAGCACAAAAGGUAGCUCUGAAGAACUGAAACAGUUUCAGGACAGAAAAGUUUAUCUAUGUAACAGUUUUCAGCCACAGUCACAGACUGCAGUGCAAGAAGAAACAGACACUGACACUUUCUGUGAGAGAGGUCCAAGUUGCACCCAUAAACAGCUGCCGGAGAAUGUACUGGCAAUAGGGUCUAAAGACAUGAAACAGCUCACAAAAGAUACAAAAGCUUGCCUAUCUAAUUAUGACUCAGGUCUACAAGUUGCAGAAAAAAUAGACUCCAAGAUAUUUUGUGACAAACUUGCCAGUUAUGCUGGUCAAGAACUGCUAAAGACUGUAUCACCAGUGGGUUCUAAACCACUACCACAGUUUGAAGAGGACACAAAAAUGUACCCGUCCAAUUGCAAAUCACAAACUGCAGGAAGAGGCAGAGUCACGGCUGAGACACUCUACGACAACGCAGCAAGCUACGUUAGCGAACAGCUGGUAAAGACUGCAUUAGCUGCAGGUUCAAGAGAUAUUACUAUUUUGAUUGUACUUCUAAAUGGAUGCAAUAAGAUACCAAAUUACCUUAAUAUUUAAAAAUUUA